AUGCAUAGUAAUAGUUUGUACAAACUUGUCAACUCUCAUUCACCAACUCUCCGCAGUACUCCCUUCUCUUAGCUUCUCUCUCCCGCAACAAUGGCACAGCAUCAUCGCCUUCAAGCGUGGGAUUGGGAGUCGCCUAUGAGUUUUCAGUAUCAGUAUCAGUAUCAGCACCUCUACCAAGGUGAGCAGGGAGAAGCCUGCAAAGAGCUCAUGUUCGAAAAACCUUUAACUCCCAGCGACGUAGGCAAGCUCAACCGGUUGGUGAUUCCGAAGCAGCACGCGGAGAGGUACUUCCCCCUGGACGGCGUCUCUGGCGAGAAAGGCCUCUUGCUUAGCUUGGAAGACGACUCGGGCAAGAUAUGGCAGUUUCGGUAUUCUUACUGGACCAGUAGCCAGAGCUACGUGCUCACCAAGGGAUGGAGCCGCUUCGUUAAGGAAAAACGGUUGGACGCCGGCGAUGUCGUUCUCUUCGAGCGUCGACGGGUUGACGGCGAUCGGCUCUACAUCGGUUGCAGGCAUCGGGGGGAUCCGGCAGCGACAAACACUGCUGCAGGGCCGUGGAACACACCUUACUAUGCGUCGAGUGUCUCAGUGCAACAUCAGUACUCCUCUCUUCAUGCAGAGGAGCAAAGGGAUGAAACAGGGGUGCACAAGAGUGAGACAGUGGCACCGUCUAACUCAAAGAGGUUGAGACUGUUUGGUGUAAAUUUAGAUUACUGGCCGGAGCCAGAGCCGGAGCCUGUGCAGGCCUCCACCUCAUGGUUAAUCUAGCUAGCACCAGAUCUCAGAAAUUGCAACAGGAGCUGCUAGGGAAAGCAGUUGAGGUGGAGUGGUAGAGAUGGGGAGAGGGAGGACAUCCGAGGCCAUGCUCACGAAUCCCACUGAA